AUGAGUUCCAAGACAAAAUCCAUAGGGGUCAUUGGAGCACCUUUCUCAAAAGGGCAGCCAAGAGGCGGUGUUGAAGGAGGCCCCGUGGUAUUGAGAAAGGCUGGUCUGCUUGAGAAACUUAAAGAACAAGGUAAUUUGAGUUUCUUCAUUAUAGAAUGUGAUGUGAAAGAUUAUGGGGACCUGCCCUUUGCUGAUGUCCCUAAUGACAGUCCCUUUCAAAUAAUGAAGAAUCCACGGUCUGUGGGAAAAGCAAAUGAGCAGCUGGCUGGCGUGGUGACAGAUGUGAAGAAGAAUGGAAGGAUCAGCCUGGUUCUGGGUGGAGACCACAGUUUGGCUAUUGGAAGCAUCUCUGGCCAUGCUAAGGUGCACCCUGAUCUCUGUGUGGUCUGGGUAGAUGCUCACUCCGACAUCAAUACUCCACAGACCACCUCAAGUGGGAACUUACAUGGACAGCCUGUGUCUUUCCUCCUGAAGGAACUAAAGGGCAAGAUCCCUGAUAUACCAGGAUUCUCCUGGGUGACUCCCUGCCUAUCUGCCAAAGACAUUGUGUAUAUUGGCCUGAGAGAUGUGGACCCUGGAGAACACUACAUUUUGAAAACUCUGGGUAUUAAAUUCUUCUCAAUGACUGAAGUGGAUAGAAUGGGAAUUGGCAAAGUGAUGGAAGAAACACUCAGCUAUCUAAUAGGAAGAAAGAAAAGACCAAUUCACCUGAGUUUUGACGUUGACGGACUGGACCCGGCUUUCACACCUGCUACGGGCACACCGGUCCCAGGAGGCCUGUCUUAUAGAGAAGGUCUUUACAUCACAGAGGAAAUUUACAAAACAGGGCUACUCUCGGGAUUAGAUAUAAUGGAAGUGAACCCAUCUCUGGGGAAGACACCAGAAGAAGUAACUCGAACAGUGAACACAGCAGUGGCAAUAACCCUGUCUUGUUUUGGCGUGGCUCGGGAGGGUAAUCAUAAACCUAUUGACUACCUUAACCCACCUAAGUGAAUAUGGAAACAUCAUAUAAAAAUUUCAUAGCUAAUUUACAUAGUU